UUUCUCGCCUGCGGCUAAAAUUUGUACGGUGAGGCGCUGCUGGAGGCAAAGUGGAUACAGUAUUCAGGUUUUCGUUUUAUAAAUAAGUGUGUCGGUACUUACGCAAACCGGCGGAAAUGUAGAUAGAGGCUUAUCUUAUAUUCUAGUUUUUCCUUUUCCCGGUUCUGUGAGUGGUGUUCCUCGAGCGCCUUACAUGCGGACUGUCAUUCAGAAAUACUACAACAGCUUCACGUGUUUGACUUUAGCCUGUCUAUUUUAGCUAUUUUUUCCUACAUUUACUCUCAUAUUUUUCGCUCGCGCCGCUGAAGCCUACUUUGUACACUUUAGCAAAGUCGACUUCAUUCACUACAAGUUGGCGUUUCGGCAGACAGACGUAUGUAAAUGCUUGUUGGUUUGAAUCACGGAUUAAGUUAUCGCAAUCUUAAAACCAUUGGAGAGGAGGCGAAGGGCUGUUUUCUGGAGAAAGGCAUGGUAUACGUGCAGGUCAUCAGAGGGUAACAGACUGUGGAGAUCUCGUCACUCUUUUACAAGGCUGAGAAUUCUUCUUUCUGAAAAUAAACCUAAAUGGAGCUUCUCUGGGUCUUACUGUUGCUGAAGGUGGUCCUGAUGUCUGCUGCUGCCAGGGGUCCACCCAGGGUAUUAGAGCGGGUGGCCCACCGGCAAAGCAUCCAUCUGGGUCGCACCAUGAAGCUGCCCUGCCCCGUGGAGAGUGACCCCCCACCGCUCAUCAUGUGGACCAAAGAUGGUCGCAACAUCCACAGUGGCUGGACGCGGUUCAGGGUUUUACAGCAAGCUCUGCGUAUCAAAGAGGUGGAGACUGAAGAUGCAGGGACAUACAUCUGUAAGGCUACCAAUGGGUUUGGCAGCGUGAACAUCAACUACACACUCAUCGUUAUAGAUGACUCCAGUUCAAGAGGUGGAGCAGGGACGGCUAAUGGUGACUCUGACCACGCCCCAGAGCUGGCCGGGAAACUGGUACGUCCACGUUUCACCCAGCCGUCAAAGAUGAGGAAGCGCGUCAUCGCUCGUCCAGUGGGCAGCUCAGUGCGUCUGAAGUGUACAGCGAGCGGUAAUCCUCGCCCCGACAUUGUCUGGCUCAAGGACAGUCGGCCGCUGGUGGAUGAGGACGCUGAAGGAGGAGGAGAAGGGGAAGGAAAGAAGAAGAAGUGGACUCUGAGUCUAAAGAACCUGAUGCCAAAGCACAGCGGGAAGUACACCUGCCACGUGUCCAACAGAGCAGGAGAGAUCAACGCCACCUACAAAGUGGAAGUCAUACAGCGUACCAACUCCAAACCAAUUCUGACUGGCACUCACCCUGUCAACACCACCGUGGACUACGGAGGAACCACAUCUUUCCAGUGUAAAGUCCGCAGCGAUGUCAAGCCGGUUAUUCAGUGGCUUAAAAGAGUCGAACUUGGUGAUGAGAACAAAUUUAACUCCACCAUAGAGGUUGGAGACCACCGCUUUGUGGUCCUGCCUACAGGGGAGGUUUGGUCGCGUCCUGACGGAUCCUACCUUAACAAGCUGCUAAUAACCAGAGCCAAGGAGGAGGAUGCCGGCAUGUACAUCUGCCUUGGAGCCAAUACUAUGGGCUACAGCUUCAGGAGUGCCUACUUGACUGUGCUACCAGAUCUGAAGCCCCAAAACAACGUUGUCCUCACAGCAACAUCCCCGAGCCUCCCUUGGCCCGUCAUUAUUGGAAUACCAGCAGGAGUUGCCUUCAUCUUAGGCACUGCCCUCCUCUGGUUCUGCCAAUCAAAACGAAGCUGCUCCUCUUCACCUUCCUCUGCUCUUCCACCUGCCCAGCGUCCACCGGCAGCCAGUCGUGACCGUGCAGGCCCAGCGCUGCAUUCUCAAACGGCCAACGGAGAUAAAGAUUGUCUUUCAUAUGAAGACUACGUUGCCCAGCAGCAGUUGCUCUUAGCUCAGGGAGGUGGAUUGGUUCCCAAGGUCUACCCGAAGAUCUACACGGAUAUACACACACACACACAUUCUCACGUAGACGGGAAAGUGCACCAGCACCAGCACAUUCACUACCAGUGUUAGCAUGCUUUGGUGUUUCACAUUCAAUUGUUACAUGAGCAUGUCCCUGUGCAUGCAGACUUAUUCACAACAGUCCAUACUAGCUGCUGACAUACACUGCAAUGAACAAGGAAAGCCACACACAAGACACUUUGCCGAUUCAUAUUCAGAAACAUGGAGUUACGCAACUGCUGCAUUCUGCUGCAGCCACGUUAUUGUGUAAACACACUUAUUCAAGACACAAACAAUGAAGAAUGUAAAGAAAGAUCUGUAUCUGUAUUUUUAGCCAACCCAGUGAAAUCUAUGAGAGAAAAAUCCCAAAACAUGUUUUAUUCAAAGCUCUUGUUAUAUACAAAUCUUUUCUGUAGAUUUUUCAAUCUCUUAUUUUUUUGCUCAUAGGCUUCAGUGAAGUAACAAUACACUGCAGUUUCAAGGUAACUUUAUCUGUUCUUUAACUUUGAACACAAUCACAACCUCCUCAAUAACGGUCAAAACAGCUCAUCCAAAACUAUAGCUACUCGUGUAUGUAGUGAAAGACAGUUAGAUAAUAUUUAGCACGCUACUUCAUCCUGGGUAAUCUAUAAAGAACAAUUUUGCAUGUAUGUAAUGUAAUAGCUUUAUUUCAGAGUAUAUUUCAGGCAUCAGCCCAACUGAGCCAUUAGAAACAUAAACUAAGGCAAACUCCCACUAUAUCAAUACCCUCUGCAAGGAUGAGGGCUGCUAGGUUUUGCUUCUGCUGGGCCGCCAAACGUUAUGAGAAAGGUCCAGCUGCUGUCAGGGUACUGUGUGAAAAAGAGUGGAUGACAACUGGGUUGCAUGGAUUUCGCGUUGUACAAUGUUUAUAGCAGGCAGUUGUAGAAUCAAUCAUUAGAUCUCCACUCCACUGACCAUUUCCGCCCCUUAAAGGUGACAUGGUGCUCUUUGGAUGCUUUUAUAUGGACCUUAGUGGUCCCCUAAUACCAUAUCUAAAGACUAUUUCCCAAAAUUCAGCCUUGGUGCAGAAUUACAGCCACUAGAGCCAGUCCCACAAUGAGCUUUCCUUAGGAUGUGCCAUUUCUGAUUGAGCUAUUGAGGAGGAGAUGGCGGGGGCUUGACCAACGGCCCCUUUGCUCGUUUGAAAGCCAUGAUGUCGCUCUCUCAUGGGUGCAAAUUCUCUGGGCAGGCAAAGCAGAGAAAGGGGAGGUAACCUGGAAUUCCAGCUCGGCUCAUCUGAGCUUUCAUUUUCUCAAAGGUGGAGCAGGAUACCCAGGGCUCGGUUUACACCUAUCACCCUUUCUAGCCACUGGAAGACCAUAGGCAGGCUGGGGGAACACAUAUUAAUAAUAAAAAACCUCAUAAAGUGAAAUUUUCAUGCCAUGGGACCUUUAAGUUCCUGGAGCAAAUUGACAUUUCUUGUUUUGCGUUGUAGCCUUUUCAGCUUUGUUUGGUGCUUGCUGAGAAGAGAGGGAUGAAGGAUUUCAGUUCUUCUGAUGUCAACACCUCUUAAACCAACAGCGCAAAGGGAUCAUCAACAAUGCCUCAGUGUAAAAUAGUGCCUUAUGAGAAUUUUGUACAGAUUUGGUGGAUGACUGUUGGAUCAUUGGAUAUGUCACAGACUCUUGUUAAUCUGUUAUGAGAUUCAAAGGGGCUUAAAAGAGAGGAACUUCAGCGCUUCAACUUAAAGUCCACAACUCUUCGUCUCAAAGCACCUCACACUAUGACCUCAAGUGUAAUGGAACAGGCUUUGCAUGUGCUCUGUUCUCCACACAUGGUUUGCCACAAAGCAAAGGGACUCAUCUAUUGUCUCUUGUUUUUAUCUGAAGAGGAAAUGUUUUGGACAUAGGGCUGCCUUCAAACCUGCAGUUUAGAUGCUAAAAAGGUUAAAUAAUGGUAUGCAGAUUAAACUAAAACAGAUACCAAUAUCACAAAAAUGUAGAGCUAUAUAUAUGCUCCAGAACCUUGCGCUGAUUACUACAGCAGUACAUAAACUGGUCUCUGUGCUGUACAAUGGCAAUUCAUUAUAAUAAUUCCUUGAUACAUUUAAAGAUAUGACUGGGAAAUUGGGUUUUGUCUUUCGAUUCACUCGUCUGCAGAUUAUUGAAAACAACUGAUUGACAUCCUUAAGACUUGUUUUCAAUAAUGACAUCUACAAAUCUGUUUUAAAUGCAUUUACAGGUGGGUUAUAAGUAUUUCAUGCUAUUUGAUUACAAUUCAGUCUCAUGUUAAGGCCCUUUAAAAGCCCCUACCCAACAAUGUUACACCUCCACACAUGUUUUCAUUCCUUUUGGCUUUUUUCUUGUGUGUGUUCUCUUGUUUCUUGGUUUGUUGUAUUGUAUUUGAAUGACUGUUAGUUGUUCUUUUUCUCUCAUUGUAUCACUGUAUUUAUGCUUUCACUGCUCCUGGUAGGUGACCCAAACUUCAUUAGAAACCAGCUUCAAAACAACAGCAGACUUUCUUUGGCUCGCUCAGGUCUCCAUCUUGUUGUUCUUGUGUGUGCUCAUAAAUCUGACCACUAUAUUAAAACUGUGUAAAAUGAUAUGCUAAGAUAAGAUUUAAAUUUCAGCUGCUUUACAAUACAGCACUCUCUGAACGACACACUUAACGUUUUCAGUUGAAACAGAGCGGUGACUUUGACUUUUCCAAAGAUGUUUAAAAAUAAAAGAAAUAUAUAUUUGAAAUAUAAAAAAAAAUGUAAACAAAAAUAAAGCUUGUCAUGUAGUUUAUUGCACAAGUGAGUAUCUCUUUGCAGACCUUUUUCAGGACAAAAACAGUGAGACGGGAAGUGAUGUAUUAUAAUUAACUUUAGUUACACAUGUGGACGUUCUUAAUCAUGCAUUUUUGCACACAAAUCUUUAAACUCAAGUAGUAAAAUGAACAAAUAUACACAUUGAAAUUUCUUAUAUGCCCAUUUUUUAUAAAACUCACUGGUAUGUUAUCAUUGUCCUGAAACGCUUUGAAAUUAAGUCCUGUUCAGGCGUUUAGUUUCUUUCUUUGCUUUCAUUUUGUUUCAAACCUGUGAAGUCCUUUGUAUUAUUUCACUACUGAAUGACAAGACUUUUAAGAAGUUGUAGGCUAUAAAACAUUCAGGCUUCAGAUAUACAGUAUGAUUCUUGUUCAUCGUUCCAGCAUAGUUCCCUCUCUCCUUACCUGUAUAACAACUAAACAACAUACAGUAUAACAUUAAAAUUAUUAAAUGUUAAAGUACAUCAGAACAGCAAGAAUAAGGAUGUAUCAAAAUGAUUUUCCUUACUAAAGCCUUUAACUGAAGAUAGGUCUUCUUCCUGUGUAAUAUUCUUUGUCCUUCCAUCUUCUGUAUUUAAAAACAUCUGUUGAAAAAGUCACCCUGAGCAGCUUGAGUUUAUUCUUUAAUUGUAAAGUUUUUCUUUCAAUGUUGGAGGGGUGGAAAUGUUUCCAAACCGUGACAUUUUCCACAAUUAAUGCUCUGUUUUUCUGUGAAAAACUGUUGUCAGAUCAGUUAACUUUUUCACUCAUUUCAUUCAUUCAUUUCACACAUUUCAAACCUCAAGUUGUAUUGUAUUAAAGCUAAUGGACUGCCAGUAGACAGACUGUGUAUGUGCACUUACCACAAGCAUGUACAUGGAAUGACAUUAGUGUUGAAACUAUAGUAAGUGGUAGAUAAUUUAGAGAGAAUACUUUGGACCACAAAGUAGGUCUAGCAACACAUUGGCCCACUAAACAUUGUAAAUUGUCUCAAGAUUCAAAAAGAAAGUGUCUUUCUAAUUUAUUUUCUUUUAAACGUGUUUUUCAUAUAAUUGGGCAUUAUACUGCAUGAGUGGAUUUUGUGUUAUGGUAGUAAUGUAAGCUAUGAAGCAAAUACCAUGUUCAUGUCAUUGUAAUAUACUGUAUUUAUACAUGCUGACGGAAUAUACAAAAUUUUAUCGAUUAUCUUGGUAUAGACAAUCUUGUACAGUCAUUGUCAUUUAGGUUAAAAGUUAGUUUUCUCCAAUUGUAAUCAUUGUAUUGGUGCCAUUAAAAGAAAAGGUAAAUAUAUG